AUGGUGCUGUUGAAACUCACGGAGAAGAGGCGACAGGUGAUCCUGAGGACCUUCUCUCGGGAGGAGUGGGCAGCGGUCAAGCUACAGUCGUGGGUCCGCAUGUGGAGUGUCUGCCAGCGCUAUCGUCGGCUGCUCCAGGCUGUACGCAUCAUCCAGGCCUAUUGGAGGAGUCAUGUCUAUGCAUCUGGGGGUGUCAUCAAAGGUCACUAUCGGAUCUCGGACAAUCAUCUGCAGCUCAAGUUGGAGAUCUUGCUGGGUUCGGGGUCUUGCAUGCUAUCUGAGUGUAUUCCCCUACCCAUAAAGCAGUGA